AUGGCAACCAGCUAUCUGUCUGAAGAUCAGUUUCUGUGCUCCAUCUGUCUGGAGGUCUUCACUGAUCCAGUCACCAUCCCGUGUGGACACAACUUCUGCAAGACCUGCAUCACAGAAAACUGGAAUAUUAGUCUCUGCUGUCAGUGUCCACUGUGUGUUAAGGUUUUCCACAGCAGACCAGAGCUGUGCGUCAACACCAUCUUAUCUGAGAUGGUGGAUAUGUUCAAACAGUCCACCGUAAAGAAAAAUGGCAGAGCAGAGGAACAGCAAGCCGAAUCAGGAGAAGUUUCAUGUGAGGUGUGCAGUGAAACCAAGAUGAAGGCUGUGAAGUCCUGCCUGCAGUGUCUGACUUCCUACUGUAGGACUCACCUGGAGCCUCAUCGCAGAGUCACAGGCCUGAAAAGGCAUCAGCUGAUUGAUCCUGUAAAGAACCUUGAAGACAGAAUGUGUAAGGAGCAUAACAGACCUUUAGAGCUCUUCUGCAAGACUGACCGGAUGCCAGUGUGUGAAUUUUGCAAGCAGUCCAAUCACAAGGGACAUCUCACCAUUCCUUUGAAAACAGAAUAUGAGCAAAAGAAGGCCGAAGUGGAAGCAAGAGAGGGUAAAAUUCAUCAGAUGAUCAGAGAAAGACAAAAGAAAAUAAACAACUUCAGAGAAUUGUUAACAUGCAGCAAGGAAGCUGCAGAGAGAGAGAAAACAGUAAGUGAGCAAAUAUUUGACAGUCUGAUCAAGUGUAUAGAAGAAAGUCGGAAUCAGCUCGAUGGUGUGAUCGAAGGGAUGCAGAAAACAACAGAGAGCCAGGCUCAAGGCUUCAUCAAAGAGCUGGAGAAAGAAGUGUCUGAGCUGAGGAUGAACAUCUCUGAGCUGGAGCAGCUCUCACACACUGGAGACCACCUCCAGUUUCUCCAGAGUUUACCAUCCCUGAACCCUGUUCCACCCACCAAAGACUGGAACGAGGUCACAGUUCACUCGUCAUACGAGGGGACUGUGAAGAAAGCUGUUGCUCAGCUGGAGCAGACACUCAGUAAAGAGAUGAAGAAGCUGCACGAUGAUGUGGAGCUGAAGAGGGUUCAGCAGUACGCAGUGGAUGUGACUCUGGAUCCCGACACAGCACAUCCUAACCUCGUCCUGUCCGAUGAUGGGAAACAAGUAUCUAGUUGUAACAAAAGGCAGAAUUUCCCCGAGACCCCCAAGAGAUGCAUUUAUUAUGCAAAUGUUCUGGGAAAGCAGGGGUUUUCCUCAGGAAGAUUUUACUAUGAAGUUCAGGUCAAUGAAAAAACUCAGUGGGAUUUAGGAGUGGCCAACGAGUCAAUAAACAGGAAAGAGAAAAAGCCACUGUGUCCCAAAAAUGGCUACUGGACCAUUCGGCUGAGAAAUGGAAAUCAGUACAAAGCUGUUGUUGGCCCCUCAAUCUGUCUCAGUCUGCAAGCAGAACCACAGAAAGUGGGCGUGUUUGUGGACUAUGAAGAGGGUCUGGUGUCUUUUUAUGAUGUAGGAGCAGCAGCUCUCAUCUACUCCUUUACUGGCUGUAACUUCACUGAGAAACUCUACCCAUUAUUCAGUCCUUGUUUUGAUGAAGGUGGUGCAAACUCCACCCCUCUGAUUAUCUCUUCUGUUCUUCCAAAACAUUAG